AAUUAUUAUCGCUUUAACCCCACUCUUACCUUUACAAUUUUGUGGGAUUAAUUCGCUUUCGCCUCUCCCUUUAUAAUAGGAAGCAAACGAGCAAGUCAUCACUUAUCUAUUGCCACUCGUGCCUAUUUCUACGUGCUUUCGAAUAAUUAACAGACUAAUUUUUGCAGGUAACAAAAUGGCAAAAAUUAAGGUGGGUCCUGUCGUCGAUAUUCUGGGUGAUGAGAUGACCCGAAUUAUAUGGGACAGCAUUAAGGAGAAGCUAAUUUUGCCAUUCUUGGACAUCGAACUUCACAUCUACGACCUUGGCAUGGAAAAUAGGGAUCUGACCAACGAUCAAGUAACCAUAGACUGUGCAAACGCAAUUAAAAAGUAUAAUGUGGGAGUCAAGUGUGCGACAAUCACGCCCGACGAAAAACGGGUUGAAGAAUUCAAACUGAAGCAAAUGUGGAAGUCGCCGAAUGGAACCAUUCGUAAUAUACUGGGCGGUACCGUAUUCAGAGAGGCGAUUAUUUGCAGCAACAUUCCUCGGCUGGUUACCACAUGGAAGAAACCAAUUAUUAUCGGUCGUCACGCACACGCCGAUCAGUAUAAGGCGACCGAUUUUGUCGUGCCCGGAUCUGGUACGUUGGAGCUCGUGUUUACCCCGUCUUCGGGGUCAGAAAUUCGACACACGGUACAUGAAUACAAAGGGCCAGGAAUUGCACUGGGAAUGUUCAAUACUGAUGAGUCUAUUGUCGAUUUUGCACAUUCUUCCUUUAAGUAUGCUUUGGAACGUGGCUACCCUCUGUAUCUGAGCACAAAGAACACAAUUCUUAAAAAGUACGACGGUCGUUUCAAGGAUAUUUUCCAAGACAUCUACGAAAAACAGUACAAGAAACAGUUCGAAGCCAAGAACAUUUGGUACGAGCACAGAUUAAUCGACGACAUGGUCGCCUACGCAAUGAAAUCCGAAGGUGGCUUCGUGUGGGCCUGCAAAAACUACGACGGUGACGUUCAAUCUGACUCGGUCGCGCAGGGCUACGGCUCUCUAGGUUUGAUGACCUCGGUUUUGAUUAGCCCGGACGGAAAGACCGUCGAAGCCGAGGCCGCCCACGGUACGGUAACACGCCACUACCGCUUCUACCAAAACAAACAGGAGACCUCGACUAAUCCCAUCGCGUCGAUAUUCGCGUGGACACAGGGACUGCUGCAUCGGGCGAAACUCGACAAUAACGCUCCAUUGAAGAAGUUCGCCGAGACUUUGGAGGCAGUGUGCGUCGAAACCAUCGAGUCCGGUUACAUGACGAAGGACUUGGCCAUUUGCAUCAAAGGCAUGAAUGGCGUUACACGAUCUGAUUACAUGGAGACGUUCGAGUUUAUGGAUAAACUCGCGGAAAAUUUGAGAAAGAAGCUUGGGGUGUAAAGAAAAGCGGUAUUAUUUUAUGUCAAUUUUACUAUGAACAGUAUUGUCGGAUGUGGGUUUUUAAUUGUGGCAUGCAUUUUCCUAUGUUUUGUAUCGAAAAUUUAAUAUAUUAUCACGGAUUU